UGGACGUCGGUUGAAACCAUGUAUCUAGGUAUGUUUCAAGGAAGGACACUUUUAUUCACUUGACAGCUAGUUGCCAAAAUAUGAGGACAUAGGUUUGUUAGUGCGCAAGCAACUAAAGCUCCGCCUUCCGAGGUGGGAUUUUUGUUUACGUUCUCCUCCCACCAAAGCAAAGGGAAGGAGUUGGUGUUCAUAAACAAGUCUGUAUCAAAACAAUUACAGAUCAGUUAUAGUUUCGUGCUAACCGUCGGCCAAUAUACAUUUGUCAGACUGCAAUAAGAGGGCUAAGGGAGGCAAAACAUAUACACAAUGAUUGGAAAGAUACUUGCCCAUUUCCUUGGUAGCACAGAUGACGAUUUUCCCACAGAUGACAAUGAAACCUAUGAGGAGCUCAUUGAGUUUGAGGAGGGAGGAUGGAUCGUUAUCAACAUUCAAGAGAACAACUCCCUGAGCCCCCCUGAGGAAGACCCUUUGGAGAACCUGCUGAUUGAGCAUCCCAGUAUGUCUGUAUACCAGAUCAGACACCAGACCAGCGAUGAGGAAGAUUCAGAUGAAAAUAAUGCUUCUCCCAGGUCUGUGCCAGUCCAACAGCAUGUGUCCUGGAGGCUAGCUGCCUGGGGAAGCCCACUUCCAUGCAACAUCCACCUGCUUGCCAUACAGCGAGCCAGGACUCACAUGGAGUGCAAGAAGCUGACCAGGAGUGCUCUCCAGAGACAGAACCUUGCCAAGAUGCGCUUCUCCCCCUCUGAUAGACGCUUUGGUCACUUCAAACAACCCUGCCAGCGUCUGUACAACUACUGAGU